AGCACAGUGACCGUUACCGACUGUAACUCUGUGCGCAGUUCGUUUCACGGGAACCAGAUAGGCGGGUUUAUCGUAGCGUGGGAGGGAAAGGGGAAAGGGGGAAGUUCAGACGUUUUUACUUCUGUUGUCUUUGUGUAAAGCAGUGGAGCGCUCGAUCUCACGCUAUCACUCUUCCCUCUUCCCCGAAUCCUUUUAAAACUCUCCCCUGGGUUUCUACCCUCCCGAACCUCUCCCCUUCUACCCCACCCUCCCCCCGACAACACAUCUCAACACGGAUCAGAUCCCAUCUUUGUGACCAAAGACCCUCAGUUUUGACCUUUCAGCUACAGCUUCUCCCAUCCAGUACUAGUUAUGGACUCCGGUGUGAUUGAAGGAGGACUCAAUGUCACCCUCACCAUUAGAUUGCUGAUGCACGGCAAGGAAGUCGGAAGCAUCAUUGGCAAGAAAGGUGAAUCUGUGAAGAAGAUGAGAGAAGAGAGCGGGGCUCGCAUCAACAUCUCAGAGGGGAACUGUCCUGAGAGGAUCAUCACUCUGGCAGGCCCCACCACCGCCAUCUUCAAAGCAUUCUCCAUGAUCAUCGAAAAGCUGGAAGAGGACAUCAGCAGCUCUAUGACGAACAGCACGGCCACCAGCAAGCCCCCGGUCACCCUGCGCAUCGUGGUGCCAGCCAGCCAGUGUGGCUCGCUCAUCGGCAAGGGAGGCUGCAAGAUCAAAGAAAUAAGAGAGUCGACAGGUGCUCAGGUACAGGUGGCAGGCGACAUGCUUCCUAACUCUACAGAACGGGCCAUCACUAUCGCAGGGACGCCCCAGUCCAUUAUCGAGUGUGUCAAGCAGAUCUGUGUAGUUAUGCUCGAGGUAAGUUCUCCCCCUAAGGGGGUCACCAUCCCAUAUCGACCCAAACCUUCAGGAUCCCCUGUCAUCUUUGCCGGAGGACAGGCGUACGCAGUUCAAGGACAACAUGCCAUACCCCAGCCAGACUCUUCCUCUGCCUCUAUCUCUCCACAGCUCACCAAGUUACACCAGCUGGCCAUGCAGCAGAGCCCCUUUCCCAUGGGCCCCAACAACCCGGGGUUCCAAGAUUUAGGAGGGAUGGAUGCCUCUGCCCAAACUAGCUCCCAUGAGAUGACCAUUCCAAAUGAUUUGAUUGGCUGCAUAAUUGGUCGCCAGGGUUCUAAGAUCAAUGAGAUCCGUCAGAUGUCGGGUGCCCAGAUAAAGAUCGCCAACCCCGUGGAGGGCUCUGCAGACAGACAGGUCACCAUCACUGGUUCUGCUGCCUCCAUCAGCCUGGCAGAGUACCUCAUCAACGCCAGGCUCUCAUCUGAAGCAACAGGACUGGCGACCAACUGAUAGAACUCUGCAUAGAUGUGAUCUGCACUAACCCCCCCCACAUUUUACCUUCUACCACUCAUCGCUCCAUCACUCAGCUCUCUCCUUUAAAGUGGUCAAUGCAACUAUCCAACAUAGUUUUACCUUUGUAUUUUUUUUGUCGUUUAAAAAUCACACCACCCAACCCAUUUAAAAAAAAUAAUUAUAAUAAUUAUAAUUUGUUUAUCUGCAUUCAUUGUUUUUAUGAAGAAAACUAUUUGGUUUUAAGUCCCUUUGAGCCCCUGUUGAAAGUUUGUUAAUGAUUAGAUAAAGUUAUUUUUUGGGGAAUGAAAGCUCUCCUUGUCUGUCUUUACACUGUCACAAAAGACUAGAUAGAGGAGAAUAAUAAUCUGAAGGUUUAAUUCUGUAAAAGGUAGUAUUUUUUUUUCUUUUAAAAAUGAAAAGGAUAAAAAAUAAAAGUCUCUAAAAUAAAAAUAGAUUGACUGUUUUUUUCCCCCUGCAUAUUUAAACCCCUCCCCUCCCCUAGUCAUUUUAUCCAUUGAAUAUCUGCAAAAACUCACCUUGAUUUAAUGUUUGUCACCAACGGGGGAAACAUGGAGCUUGUGCUGUCAUCACUGCUGGUAUUUUGAGUAUGACAAAUAUCUCUAACAGUACUAGAAGACGUGGAUCUUGCAUUAAUGGAAAAUACUUUAAAACCCGCGUACAAACACAUUUCACCUUAACCUUUUUUUGUUUCCUUGUCAUUCCUAUUUUUCUAUCUUCCCUUUUACCCCAUGUCAUAUGUUCAGGAUGUGUCCCAAAUUGCACACUAGUUCCUAUGUAGUGCACUAUUAACGUAAUGAGGGUGCCAUUUGGGAUGCCGACUAUAUUGCUGGGGUUGGGAGGUUGUUGGGGUUCUGCUCGAGGGCUAGGAAGCAGAGAGGACGAUCCUCAUUUUUCUUUAAAGAUAAUACCACAAACAAAAAAAGUUGCAAUAUUUGUUUUAAAUGGAGGAAAUAUUUUUUUUAACUACCAAAGGGGAUCGAAUCCUGAAUAAUGACAGGCGUGUGUGUCUAAGUGUGAGGAGAGAAACUAAGAUAUUAUGGAUGAUCGUUAUUAAGCUGAAACUAAUAUUAUGGAUGAUCGUUAUUAAGCUGAAACUAAGACAAAGAAAAGGGUGUUUAAAUUGGUUAACACUAGUUUCCUGCUCUUUGCUGAAGUCAGAAUUUAUUUUUUAUUAUUUGCAGGAAAUAAAUCUUUUGUGCACGUUUUUGGAAAGACUGUAGAUCUGGGUGCCACCACAUUGUUAAAAUAAACUACAGAAAUAAAGAUGUGAAAUGCUCAAACUACAAAUUCUCA